AUGCAACUUCCAAGUUCCUUUGGUCUUCUUCGCUUGUCGCUGGGAAUCACAGUGGCACUGUCAACAUUCGGUGGUGCGUUUCCACAUGGAGCUACUAGCGCAGCCAAAAAUGUAUCAACAGAUUGCAACCGGGCUUGUCUAUCCAACAUUGUCGAUCAAUUCCUGGAGUCGGUGGUGAAGCAUGACCCGUUCAGUCUGCCAUUGGCCUCGGUUUAUAAGGCAACUGAAAACUCGCACGCAGCAGCUCUAACCAUGAUGACACUAUGGCGCACUGUUACAAAGGUGACCAAGCCCAACCUUUUGGCAAUCGACUCCAAGCAAGGCACCGUCUACUUCUCUUUAGACAUAAACGAAGGGGGUAUUAAAAACAUCCUUCGUACCCGGCUUAAGGUUGUGAAUCGCAAGAUCACCGAGCUUGAAAUCUUUGUGAACCGAUACCGCGGCGAGCAUGGUUUCUCCUUCUCAGCCGAAGAACUUCCAUCCAACUAUGCAGUCUUGAUGUCUCCGCCAGCCAACCGGACCAAGGCGAGUCGGGCAGAUUUGACCUCUCUCAGCGAGGCCCUUUUCGCUACGUCAAGCGACUUUGAAGUCGCCGUCAGCGAUACAUGCCAAUUCACCGAGAUCGGCUGGAAGGUUAUUGAUACGGGGGUAUAUGCGAAUGGCACGACGGACCCACUAGGCUGUUCUUGGCCAGAUGCGCACCCUACCGAUGACAAAGCACGCGUUGCCCUUGUAAUCGACGAGGAGCUCGGCUUUGUUGUUACCAGCGGCAUGAUUCCGGGUAUUAUCUAUCCCUAUCAGAACGUCUCUGCUUUCAUCCCAGAUGCUAUGCCUACCGCGCAAGAGGCACAGGAUGUGUGGUAUGCCUAUGCGCAAGCCCAGGGAGAUGGACCACUGGUGGCUCCGGCUGCAGGAAUGGGUGAGACCCUUGAAGUGCUGCAGUACUAUAAUGAUGAGUUGCAGGCCAUGCAGAUCAAUGUUUACUUGAACGCCCCCAAUGCGACCUCUCUCUGGUUGUAG